AUGCCGCUACACCUACUGGGUAAAAAGUCUUGGAACGUCUACAAUGCGGACAACAUCGCCCGUGUCCGUCGCGAUGAGGCUGCCGCAAAGGCCAAGGAGGAGGCCGAGGAGCAGCGCAUGCAAGAAGUCGAUGCCGAGCGCCGACUAGCUAUCUUACGGGGCGAGGAGCCACCGCCACUGCCUCCAACAGAAGAAACCCCUGACGAUGAGCCAAGACAUCGGGACCGUGGUGCCGGUUCGUUCGGCAGGGAGAGAAAGAAGCGCAAGCGCGCUGGCGAGGACGACACUGACUUUGAGUUACGUGUUGCAAGAGAGCGUUCAGGCGUCGUGCAAACAGCCAACGAGACCUUGCGCAAGUCAACUAGCUCUGCGCCGAUCGUAGAUGCAGCUGGGCACAUUGAUCUUUUUGGCGAAGAACGAAAACAGGGUCGUCAUCUAAAGAAUGAAGAAGCGGAGAAGGAAGCGGCAAAAAGGAAGAAGGAAAUGGAGGACCAGUACACAAUGCGAUUAUCAAAUGCGGCCGGCAAGGACGGUAUGGUCGGCCCUUGGUACGCAGCAUCUGGGUCAAGAGCUGAACUCGCAGAGCUCGAGCCCGCCGGCAAGGACGCAUUUGGCAACGAAGACCCAGGAAGGAAGAAGAGAGACGAACAGAGGAUAGUAGCGAAUGAUCCUCUUGCCAUGAUGAAGAUGGGAGCAUCCAGAAACUUGAGCAGCUGCGCAAGGAGGAGAAGCGAAAGGAGAGACAUGAGCGGCGGAGACGAGAGCGGCGGAGGGACGAGGAACGCCACCCUCGAGAUACGUCUCGUGAAAAGGAUGAUGGUGAAGCCAGAUCCCGUUCAAGGAGGGACAGCGAACGCCAUCCUCGAUCCAGUCGAGACGAUGGGCCCGUCCGAGGCAGGGACCGUCAUCAUGAAGAGAGAAGCCACAGACACGAAAGAAGGGACGAAAGCGAUAGGCGAUCCAGAAGAGAUGAAAGGAGUCGCCAUGACGGAAGAGGUGAGAUGA